AGCAAUGGUCUGGUUGUAAUCAUCAUAUCUCUAAGCACUGUCAAGUAUCCAAUCUGCCACAGCAAAAUCUCAAUACUACGUCAAAUUAUCUAUAAGCACUCUUCUUGAGUCUUCUCACACAUAUCAGUAAGCUUCUUGUCGACACAUUCUUUGUGACGUUUACCAAGCUCAUGAUAUUACAGUUACAGAACUUGUUCCCUUGUCUUACCAAUACUACAGCAAACACCCACAAAAAGAGAUAACAGCUAAGUCUAAGAGGUGAACAUGUGUUUUUGAAAAAGACCUAAGAUUUGUAGUAAGUCAAAAAGGAUUCGUAAAACGUAUAAAUAAAGCAAAGAUGCAAAAAGCUAUGCACAUCUUGAUUUACAUCAGUCAUGGCUGUCUAUAGGGGAGAUGAAGAAGCAAGCCAAUAAGUUCAAAAGCGCAGCUAUCUUGUUUAAUAAGAAAUCCAGACAGAGCCAACUGAGAAAUCAUAUAGAGAUUAAAAGCUAGAGAAGAACAGGAAAAAAAAAGAAGAACCGGUUAGGUUCGGUAAUUAAUUAAUUUGCAUCACUCGAACCAAUUUGGGUAAGUAAAUAAAUUAGGGUUAACCGAACCGGUAUGGUUUUGUGUUAGUUGGAAAAAGGGAAACAUUGUAAGUUAAUUCAUGUUUAAUUACUGAUUAGUAGUGAAAAAGGAAAUAGUCUAAGUUAAUGACUGAUUAGCGGAUAAGUUAAUUACAACAACAAAACCUAUAUAUAUAUAUACCGACCCGAUAGAUAGAGAGUGCUUACUUGCUAACUUACUUAGCACUCGACUUUGUCUAGUUUCUUCGCUCUGUAAUAUUGAAAACUAGGGUUUCGUUUUCUUCGACAAUGGUGAAAAGAGGAGGAACGAAGAGGAAGGCAGAGAUUAAGAAGAUUACAGAUAAAAGCUCAAAGGCUGUAACUUUCACGAAGAGAAGAGAUGGUCUCUUCAGUAAGGCCGCACAGCUCUGUCUUCUCGGCGACGCUCAGAUCGCUAUCUUAGCAACACCCUCUUCUUCCCAUUCCAACGUCUCUUUCUUCUCCUUCGGACACUCCUCGGUGGAUUCGGUUGUCUCUGCGUAUCUCUCCGGUCAAAGGCCCGCUCCUCCUCCUGUUCCGGAAGACAGCAAAGAGAUGCGGGAGGACAUCGCUGUUUGCAUGGCUCGGAAGGAACUCGGUCUCGGCUACUGGUGGGAGGACGAGGAGCUUCUUGCGAGUAAGAGCCGGGAUGAAAUCAUGGAAGCGAUGGAGUCCAUGCACAUACUGUGGAAGGCUGCCGAGAGGUUGCGUGAGGAUGAAGCUAUUGAUUUUGAUCAAAGAGAAGGUUCGCUUGAGAAGAUGGAGGACAUGAGUAAUGAUCAAACAACGCUGAUCAGUACAGAGGAUGAUCAGAUCAUCGCUGUUUGUGACAGUUUCUUCAACAACAACAACAACAACAACGCUGCUUCUUUAUCAGCAACUCCUGCUGAUGAGGAUGAUCAUCAUCAUCAGAUUGAGGCUGUUUCUGAAAAUUAUUGCAGCAACAACAUGAACGCUCUGUUAUCACCUCCGGCUGCUGCUGCAGGAGGAGGAUUGAAUGAUCAAAACCUGCUUGAUCUUGAUCUAGCUAAUCUUGAUUUGGAUACAAUUUUUGAAGGUUUGGCCGACCUUGAUGCUGAGUUUGUGGCUUCUCUUCUCAUGUGAUGAUGAGUCAAUGAUUACUAGGUACUGACUAGUUCGUAUGUUAUAUUUGAGGAGAGUCCGGUUUGAUCUUGGAUCAGUUUUUCUUUUUAAAUCAGAUAAGAGAAAACUGAUGCAACUCAAACAGGUUCAGCUUCGGUAAUGAUAUAACUGAUAAGAGUUUCAGUUGUACUAUUUUUUUAGUUCAGUUCAAAUAUUUGUAUUUUUGUAGUCCAUAAUCAUAUGAUUCUUUCUUUAAUAAAAUCUUUCUUUAAUCAAUGGAUGACUUUUUUUUACACUUUUCACUGUCGUGUUUGUCUAUAUUCUUCUGAUUAUUGUGUUUGGACAUAUCACAUCUUCAUCUUCAGUUGCAAAACGUUUCUCAUCUUUUCUCUUAGUUAUUGAUCUCUCUCGUUUCUUCAGUUACAAGAAGUUCAAAAUUAUAGACCAGCUCAAACAAGCUGAGCAGUGAGCUUUCCAUUGUAUUACUUAAUCUUUACAAAACUGAUGCUCUAUGAACAAAGGCUGGAUCCACUCUUAGCUCAUAACCAACUCAAAUGAGUACUAAAGAUUCUCUGCUACAUUUGUCACUAGUCACUACUAAAGCAUCAAUAAUAACAAUCUAAACAAUUGCAGAUUAUCUUCACUACACACACUUCAAAUUUUAGACAAUAAGUUGAGAGGGGCCAGUUGAGUUUGGUGUCUUCUUGAAGAUCUUAAACCUAUCCCAUUUGUACACCAACCGUGAAAUUGACUUGGAUGCAAUCUUAUUACUCUAUAUGUGUUGGAUCCCUCAGGUAAUUACAUGUUCAAGUGCAAACAUAUAAAACAUAGUUUUGCGUCACAGAGUGUUUCCAGAGUUAAUAAGAAGCCAAUAACAGAUAAAGGUCAAAGAUCUAUGUACCUCAGACAACAACAACAACUUGAAUGGAAUCACUUGUGCAGUGUUUCAGUUCUAAGCCUUGAAUUCACUUGGUGAAAAUUAUAGACCAGCUCAAACAAGCUGAGAGUGUUUCAGUGUUUCACUGUGGCUUUGAAUUCACUUGGUGAAGAUAUUUUAAAGCUAUUAUCUAGUGAUGAUGAUGAUUCUGGAGUCACUUCUUCUGAGUAUAUUUUAAAGCCUGCUUGCAUCUACAGUAUGUAAAUUGAUUCCCUUACCAAAGAUUAGUUCUUUUUUCUUUUUAUAUUGCUACUUAAGUGGGAUACAUGCCCUGAAUAUGAAACAAGUGUUGAAGGCUCCUCAUUAGGAUCUUCUGAAAUGCAUGGACAUGGCCGAGACAUGACAUCAUUCAUUGCGUGCGUUUGUUUGCUUCUUUCAUUGAGGAGAUUUUGUCAUAGGUGGUUCUAACUGAGUUAUCGGUUCUAACUAAAUGAAACUCAUAAUGACUCCGAGAUGAUGGUAAGCUGUUUCUUACCUACAUUUGUGACUUGCAAUUUUGCAAACAGUAUCUAUAGCGUCACUGGAUUUACAUUGUGAUUAAGUAUCGUGAUAAAGCUAUAAGCCAAUCUACUCAUUUGUUCAGGAUGAUAAAAACUUGACAAGAGGGUUUUGGUGUUUUGUUUGGAGUUCUUUUCUGUAUAGAUAUCAUCAUGUGUCUGUGUGUAUGUGCAAAUAUUCAUUUGAGUCCUUGUAGAGUGUCUGAAUCUCUCAAGUGCUCAUUGAUAUCUACUUUUGCUUGUUCUUCAGAAUUUCCAGAUGAAGUAGACAUACAUCAGCCGCAAGAAAACGUUUUACAAAAGUACAGGGGUCUCAAAUCCUUCAGAACCUCUUCAUAGGAUACAAACGUAGUUAGGUAACACUGAUCUUGAUGUGACGCUCACUGCUUUCCCUCUACUGUUGCUAAUUUUUAUUAUUUGUUGGAAAAUGCAGGAGUCUCCUACUCAGGCAGGAGUCAGGACUAUGUCAUAUUUUUUGCUUUUGAUAAUGUCGCUAGAACCCAAAAAGCUUGUUCUUAAGCAAGCCGUGAAAUUAUAUGUGAUGAUAUAAUAUGCUUUGGUUACAAAUCAUUCAUUAGUAUGUGAUGAUAUAAUAUGUAUUUUGUUCUUCUUAACCUCCUAUAUUUUUAUAAUGUGUUUAUGCUAUUUCUUUAUAAAGUGUUUAUAGUGACUUUAUACUAUGUGUUUGUUCGUCAAAGAUACUCAUAAAUUUUCAAAGAUACCGCUAAAAGGUAAACACAUGCAUGCGUGGUAUCAUAAUUAAAUCUUAGAUCCAACGCUUACUUGUACACUUCUAAGCCCUAUGCGCAUGUACAAUAUAAACGACCGACGACGAGAUGGGCCACUGAUUAGUACAGAAAGCAUAGCGUAUUGUGCCUUUAUUCAGAAAAAAAGGUAGAAUCAAUUGAUAUAUCUUCACGCUACUGGCCACACAUACAUACGUUCCGUACUCUAGAGGAGACACUAUUAACACUUCCAUUUCGUAGUAGGAACACCGACUCGAUCAGUUUUGUUUUGAUGAAAAGUAACUCAUGAGUCCUUGUAAAACAAUACUAGAUCUUGACCUACACAACCUUGCUGCUGGUAAUUAUUUCAACUUUUAUAAACAUGCAUACAUAUUUGUUUUACAUGAUUAGUGAUAUAAAAUUUUAUAGUUUACAUGCAGUAAUUUGAUUUAUUUUAAUUAUCGGUGGUAUUUUUCUUAUUAAAUUUAACUUAUAUUUACGGAAAAUGACACUUAAUUUAAUAUUAACUUAGAUAUUUCAUUGAGGGUAUACUUGUAUUUUAAAUUAUGGUCAUACAUCUAUGUUAACCUAUAUGUAGGUUUUGGCUAUACAUACAUGUUAUAUCGAAUUAUUUGUAUGAUUUAAAUAUUUGACUCAAUAACCUAUACUACAUAAAACUGUUGUUUUAUUUAAAUUAUUGAACCAAAAAUGGGAGUGUAUCGUCUUUGUCAUUUUAAAUCUGCAUUUUUCUACAUUAUUUUUGUUUUAUUGAGGUUUAUUAUGUUGUCUAUUGGUUAUCUAGAUUUUAAUAUUUUGGUUGUAUUACUUCAUAACUCUUGGAUUAUUUUUGCAAUCUUUCAUCUAUGAUACAUCACGUUAUACAAUUAAAAUUUAUACAUGCCAUUACAUUUUAUGAUGAACUGAUUGAAAAUAAAUAUAUUCAUAUGAAACAUUUUUUUUAAUCAUUUCUCAGCCAUUUAAGUUAAUGACAUAAAUUAGUACAAUACAUAUUGCAUUUUAAAAACUGCACAAGAUAAAAUAGUACAAAAUAAUGGCAUUAAUGAAUAAUAUAUAAACUUAAUCUAUUUAGAAAUAAGAUUGAUUACAUUUAUUUUCACAAAUUAUUCAUAUGCUCCUAUUAUUAAAAUAUAAAUUAAACCGAUCACUAUAUUUAAUAACACAAAUCGAUGUACUAUCAGAAUAUCAUUUGUAAACCGAUUGUUCAUAUUGAUAGCACAUUUUUAAUCAUGUGGUACAAAUUUUUAAAUUGAAAAUCAUAUCUGUUAGGGAUCCAAAAUUAAAUUGAAAAAUAUUAUAUUAAAUUAAUAUCGUAAAUUUAAUACAAAAUUCUACAUGAUUUUAAUUAUAUUUACAAAAUUAUUUAGAUAUUUAAAAGGUUUGUUUCAGUGAAAAUGGAAUAUAUAUUUUUAUUUUAAACAAAUAUGAAAUAAAUUAAAUAUUAUAAGGGUUUGUUUUAGUGAAAAACGAAAAAUAUAUUUUUAUUUUAAAUAGAUACGAAAUUAAUUAAAUAAUUAAAAUAAAAGGUUUGUUUUUAGCAAAAAUAAUAAAUUUAUAUUGUAAAAAAAGAUACGAAAAGAUUUUAUUCUGAUGCAAAUCAUUCAAUUAUUUAUACAAAAAUUCAUUUAAACAACUUUUUAAGGGGUAGUCCAAAUAAAAAAAAUCACAUAUGAAAUAAGUCAUGUCUAUCUUAAUAGAUAAGAUGAUUGAAGAAUAAAGAAAAGUGAUAGUGGUAGGAUUAUUAUUAUAGGCUAAUGGAUAGAUUAUUGCAUGAAAUGAUUUAUAUAUGUAUUAGUUUAGUGAGACUGAAUGAUCAAAAUCAAAUAAUUUCGUUCGCAUUUUAUAUAUUGCGUUAUAAAGCAUAAUCUUUCAGAUUUGAUGUGUGACCCGAUGAAAUAAAAGUAAGAAGGGGCACAAACCAAAUACUUGCCAUUUUUUAUAUACUUCAUACUUUAGUUUGUUGGAGUAAUGUAAAUUUGGAUUUAUACUUAGUUUGUUAAAAUGAUUACUUACACUUUUAAAUAAUUGUUAAAAAUGGCGAAAUUACAAAUACUUGAACAAUUCUACUAUUUGUUACUUGUUAACCACUUACAAAUUUUUUGAUAAUUAUUUAACAAUUUUCUUCUUUAUUUUAGCUGCUUAAAUUUUGCACAUAAAUUUAAGAAAAACUUAUUUUGGUAAAACUCGAAGAUAAACAAGAAACCCAUUUGCUUAAGAACAUCUUCAUCCAUCAAUUUUCAGUAAUGUAAAUGUAGUAAGAAAAGUAAUGGGAAAAGUAAAGCAUUAAAUCAAAAGAAAGAAUGUGAAAUCGUAUACCAUCCUAAACGGCGCCACUAGCAAUCCCAACACUUUUUGAUCUUAAAUUCCGAUGUUAACUACUCUCAGAAUCUCAGACAAUUCUUUCAAUCUUGCACGUUUUCUCUUUAAUAAAUGUCAGAUAAUUAACGCGUCCAUUUUCCCAUUUUUAUUUUUAUUAUAUAAAGUCAUUUUCUUCCCCGCCCCCGUAGAAUAGCACCAAUUCGUUAAACAAACUGAGGCCAAAAUAGUAACUUCGUUCAUCUAAAAAAUCCUUUCUCUCUCUACUCUCUACCUCUCACUUCUUCCUUCACUCAUCACUCGACUCCUUUUAAAAUCUCUCUGCAUUCUUGUCUCCCUCUCUCUCUCUCCUAAGCCUUUCCGCCUUCUCUCUCCUUUCCCCGGCUUCUCUGUUUACUUUUAGGGUUUUUCGAUUUGUUCAAAACCAGAGUCCAUGGAAAUGGAGAAGAAGCAAGGAUUUUUCUCAGCGCUCAGAGACGAAGUCAUCAGAAGCUUUACUCCUUCUCGCUCCAGGCCACGUUCUCGUUCCGCGAGCCCGUCCCGCUCAAACUCGCACAUGAAGGCUCUUCUCUGGGGCAGGAAGAAGCUACUCGCAAGCUCCGGCUGCAGCCGCACCGCCGCCGGAGGAUAUCACCUAGCUUCGCAGCCGGAGCCGUUAAUCGGAAGAUCGGAGAGCCUAAGACCUGUAAUCGAAGGUCCCGAUCCAGAUAACGACGAAACUCAAACGGAUUCGAAACGAAUCGGGUCGGGUCUAGGUCACUGGGUCAAAGGCCAGAUGUCACGUGCUCCCUCCGUGGCUUCAACGAGGUCCGACUUAAGGCUCCUCCUCGGUGUACUAGGAGCUCCUCUCGCACCUAUUAAAGUCUCUUCCUCCAUCAGAGACUCUCCCAUCGUUAAGUCUCUCAACAUUACUUUCCGGUUUGUUCCGGUUUAGUACUGGAUCGAUUCCGAAUUUU